AUGUUCGAUGGAAAACAGGGACCCGAAGAUCAAGAACAAGAUUCUCUAACAGGUGAUUGUUACUUAUUUAGAAAAUUAGAAAACUUGGAGGAAGAAAAACUGGAUAGAUCUGAAAUGCAACAGAGGAAUAUCAUUAGAGAUGGAAUCCAUGCUUAUAAAAUAGAUAACUUCCCACAGAACAUUCAUCGCUUACGUGAAUUAGCUGUAAACUUAGAAGAUGCUUUAUUUAAAUUAUGCCAAUCUAUACAGAAAUAUUCAGGAGACUGUAGAAGUGAAAUGUCAUGGGACGUUGAUUCAGCAUAUAAGGCUGCAUUAUCUCCAGAUAGUGGUUUAUGUGACAUCUACGAAUCCAGAGGACCGGGCAACAUUGUGAAAGAAGAAAAAUUACAUUUAAAGGAAUCUGCAAGAAUAGGUGAUAAGAGGGAGAAAAAUGAUCCAAUACAGGGAGGAGAUUCUCGAAGGGAAGAUAUCGUAGCAGCGGCAGAUAAUGUUUUGACAGUAAAUAGAAAUGUCAAGACAAAUAGACAAGGAAGAACCAAAGUAGGGACAUUAACACACCUUAGAAAUGGAAAGGACAUAGAUAUAAAGCAAAAUCACGAGUCCCUGAGAAAAUUGCAUUCCUUGGAAAAAGAUGAAGUUCUCAUCGGAAAAGGAAUACUACCUGGAGUUGCGUGCACAGUCAGACAGAGUGAAGUGAACACAAGGAAGAUGUCAGGGGAAAGUAAUUCUUUGAAAUCAAAUUACGGCUUGUCUAAGAAGAAAUUAUCACGGAGACAUAGUUGUUUGAGCUCAGUUGAAAGUGACACUAGAGGAAGAUGGUCGAAAAGAAGUCAUUCCUUGAGCAUAAUUGAUGCAAUCUUCGAAGACAAAUUCCACGAAGAGGACACUUCCGUGAGCUCAAUUGAAACAAUCACCAUACAGGAAAUCUCGGCAAAGGUUAAUACUACAAGACAGAUUCAUGUAGGUGACAGGAAGGAAACAGUAGCAAGAGACGAUUCCUUGAGUACAAGUUCUUGCGAUACUACGGAGACAGUAGAUAUGCAGAAGAGAUUAAGGGCUGCAACAGGCACUUAUACACCGAAGGGAAAGUUUGAACAGGAAGCAUAUGAUUAUACGUAUGAUAGAACCGCAGAUUCCUGUUGUGAGGAAGGUCUAUCCAGAGAGGAAUUUUAUAUAAAGAGAAGUAAUGAGAUGUAUAGAAGGAUGCAAAAAGUAAAACAAAGUUAUGCAUCAAAAAAGGUGCUGUCCGAAGUAGAGAUUGAUUCUAUAGAUGAUAUCAUAAGUAGGAACGAUUCAUCAAAGAAGGAGCAUGCAUCGGAACAAGUGCAUGUAAAAAUACCUAAUGAUGUUCCAGAGAAAUUUCUUCAUAUGAAGAACCGUGAAACAUUAUUAGGAGAGGACCUUUUUAAGGAGGAAUACACGUCUUAUCAACCUAUAUUGCAGGUCAAAGAUGAUUUUAGUGAAGAAAGUGACAAGUUACACCACGCAAAAUUCGAAGUGGCAGGUAGUUCUAUGGAGACCAAUGGCAAACUGGGCAGAGACGAAUUGUUUGGAAAAGAUAUAUCAGGAAAUUCGAUUGAUCUACUGAACAAAGAGGAAUUGAUGAGAGAGGAGCAUCUAAUUAACACAAUAUAUGUAACGUGCUCUAAGAGUCUAUAUAGAAGGAUGCAGUACAUAAAUGAAUGUGGUUUAUUGGACAGCUAUAGGUUGGAAUCAGAACGUGAGGAUGACAAUGGUGUGUAUAUAACAGAGAACAAUAGAUUAUUUAAGAAGAUUAAUAACAUAAGUGCGAAUGGGUUUACACCCGAUGAAGAUUUGUCAGCGAUAGUUGAUGAAUAUGCGGAGAACUUAUAUUUAACGUGCCAAAAUAGUCUAUUUAAGAAAAUUCACCAUCAGGGAGAAGGGGAUUUAGAGAAUAUAAAAGAAUUAUUGAAAAGAAAAGAAAAAGAAGAAGCAAAGGAAUCUGUAAAGGAUGAGAUAUUACCACAGGAGAGGAAGCGCACCAUAUAUAUAUACUUGCGUGAAAAAGGGAAAGAUAAAGAUCCAGAUAAGAAUAAGAAUGAUUGG